GCAGAGCGGCAGUCAGUCGAGUUCACCGGACAGCAGGAGGCGAUCCGCGCUAAGCUCCUCCUCCUCCUCCUCUUCCUGCUGCUCACUCAGCUCGUAGCUUUGUAUUUAUUUUUAUUUGGACAGCUAUUUAUAACUGCUCUACUUUUCUUUUCUUAUCUUCACUGUCCUGUUUUUUUCUGGAAUGACCGGAGCGUCUGUGAGUUUCUUGGUGUGCGCGGCGGCGCUGGGCGCGCUGGUACCGGCGCCGGGGCUGCGCGCCUCUCCGCUCGCGGCGCAGGAGCCCAUCCGCUGCGCUCCGUGCACCCAGGAGCGUCUGGACGAGUGUCCGCCGGUGGAGGCGAGCUGCAAGGAGGUGCUGCGGGAGCCGGGCUGCGGCUGCUGCAUGGCGUGCGCGCUCGGUCGCGGAGAGACCUGCGGCAUCUACACGGCGCCGUGCGGCUCGGGGCUGCGCUGCCUGCCCAGGCCCGGAGAGCCGCGGCCGCUGCACGCGCUUACGCGGGGCCAGGCCGUGUGCACCGACCCCGCCGAGUACGAGCAGGAGCAGAGUCAGCGGGCGCCAGAUCUGCCAGAACUCGACACGGAACCCGCUUCCACACUGUACGUGUCCCCUCACGGGAAGCCCCUGGAUCCGCGGCUGAUGUCCGCACAGGAGAGCAUGAAGUCCAAAGUGAACGCCUUCCGCAGGAAACUCGUGGAGCAGGGUCCCUGCCAUGUGGAGCUACAGAGAGCACUUGAGAAGAUUGCUAAAUCCCAACAGAAGCUGGAAGAUAAGCUGACCAGGUUCUACUUGCCAAACUGUGACAAACACGGUCUAUACAAACCCAAACAGUGUGAAUCAACUCUGGAUGGGCAGAGGGGGAAGUGCUGGUGUGUGUCACCGUGGAACGGAAAAAAGAUUCUAGGAUCAAGUGAACUGCCCACAGACAGCGAAUGCCCCCAGGAAUUCAAUCACUAACCACACACACACCUACAUUCUUAAAACAAUCAAGGUGCUACAGAGAGUUCCUUAAGCCAGAAGUGUGUCUCCUAUGGCAUUGACCAGAGAACCCUGUGUAGCACCUUUUUUACUAUAGAUAUUUAAGAGUGUUUGCAUGAGGAUGUCUUCUUCUGACAGACUACAUCUCGACACAUACAUACAGAACUUUAACGCAAAGCCACUGAUUUCUUUUUAUAUUUUCUAUUUAUUUAUUGUAGCCUACAUGGUGUUCUUUGAUUCAGGUACACUGUUUUUUAAUUGGUGAAUACUAGUUCACCAAAUCCACCAAAAAAGAGGAAAAAGGAAAAAAAAAAAGAAAGUCUAUUUUUUUCUGAAAGGAUUAUGAAUAUGUUUAUAUUUACAUAAAGCAUCCAUGUGUAUUUAUUUCAACUGAAUGUAUUCAUAUGAUUUGUUUUGGACAAGAAUAUUUAUUCCUUAUGCCUUAUUAUUAUUGUUAUUAUUAUUAUUAUAUUUUUUUAUUUUAUUUUAUUGUAUGUGUGUUCUGUGUUUUAUUAUCAGUGCCAGUUGUCUUAUCUUUCCAAUCGUCUGUUGGGAGGAGUGUAAAUGGAAAAAAAAAGCACUGCAUGACCAAACCACUUUGUCACUGCCGACACCUUUCCUCAUGUCUUCCGUUGCUGUACUUAAUAUUUUAUUGUUGCUGUCACGCUAAAACUUCAGAUAACUUUACAGAGAGAUAAAAAACAUUCUUAAAAUUAAUAUGCACCCAUGUUGGAGCAUUUCUAUUGGUCCCUUUAUCAUGAAAGUUUCAGCCAAUAUAAAGAACAACUGUCAGAUUCACUGUAAUGUCAGAAAGUGAGAAAUGGCACAAAUAGGUUUUGUGUGUCAGCAACAAAAUAUGUAUACACUUAUAAUAUAACAGUAUGUACUGUUGCACUGCCCUUGUUGUCGUAUUUCUGGUGAAAGAACUCACGCUUUUGCAGAAGAUGGAAGGCUAUGUAAACAGGGCUACUGCUCUUUCUUUUCUUUAUUCAGCAGUGCAUGAUGGGUAUUGGUCUUCCCAGCUUCUGAAACGGGUAACUGCCUGUUCCUACCUCUGUUUUUGAAGAUUUGUUGUGUCUAUGUUAAUAUUAUGGAGAGCCUUUGCUUUUGCCAACUUUGCUGUUUUAACCAUGAAAUUAGGACCACUUGAGAUUGACUAUGUGUGUAUCUUUUUGUAACUGUCCGUGUGAGUGCGAAUGGAAAGAGAUUUGCUGAAAUUGUCUGAACGUGAUCAGAGUGAAAUGGUUGUUCAUUGAGUAAAUGCUGUGGUUUGUUCAUUGUUUUAAUAGUGCGGUUUCUACACUCAUUAUCUUCGAGGAAGAGAGAUUCCGCAACUGUUGUUACUCCAAAGCAGUUGAUCAGUGUAAAUAUGUCUUUUUGAUAAAAUGUAAUUUCAAUAAAUUGUGGGGAAAAAGA